AUGCCAAGCGAACAGCAAGGCCCUGGCCGUCAACUCGAUAGGCCGCGUCACGUUCAGUUGCCCGCACAAAGGGGCCCUACGCGGCGGUUAUGGACCAGGUGGGAAGAGCAUGAAGAUGAUUGUAUCAUCGCUGCUUAUGUCCACUGGUUAAACCCGGCCAACCGAGUGGCAGGUGAGAAGCAAGAGGCUACGUUACACAGAUACUUCUACGAGGCCUUACCCAACUCUGAGAGGACGGCGGAACAGGUCAGUGUACGCCUGCGUCGAAUCCGACAACGCGAGGACUUCAACACGAAGGUCGAAAUUCUACGACGACGUGCAGACCCCAAUCCUGAUGAUCGGGAAGACCUGCGGCGUGACCCUGACGAGCAUCCCGAUGAUCUUGAGCAAGGGCAGCUUAACCCAGUCCGAGAUGCUCUUGCUGCGGUGGCAGAAGUGCUACGUGAGGAACGUCCCCACCAAGGUGUCCGAACUGGUGGUGCCAAUGCUGCUCAAAUGCUCGAGCGGAGAGAGGCUGACGACCGUUUGCGCGAAAAGUUCAAGGGCGA